GCAGGCAGCCUGCUUAAAAAGGACACAAGCCAUUGAGCAGCAGCAGCACACCAGGACUGACACUGCACCGGGCCAUGGCCACCUUCGUGGAGCUCAGCACCAAAGCCAAAAUGCCCAUUGUGGGCCUGGGCACCUGGAAGUCUCCUCCAGGCCAAGUCAAAGAAGCAGUUAAGGCAGCCAUUGAUGCAGGGUAUCGUCACAUUGACUGUGCCUAUGUCUAUAAGAAUGAGAAUGAGGUGGGAGAAGCCAUCCAGGAGAAGAUCAAAGAGAAGGCUGUGAAGCGUGAGGACCUCUUCAUCGUCAGCAAGUUGUGGCCCACCUUCUUCGAGAGAAAACUACUGAGGGACGCCUUUAAGAAGACCCUCACGGAUCUGAAACUGGAGUAUCUGGACCUCUAUCUUAUUCACUUUCCAGUGGGACUGCAGCCUGGAAAGGAAAUAUUCCCUAAAGACGAAAAAGGCAACAUUCUUGCCGGUAAAUUUACAUUCCUGGAUGCCUGGGUGGUCCUGGAGGAGCUGGUCGAUGAGGGGCUGGUGAAAGCCCUUGGAGUCUCCAACUUCAACCAUUUUCAGAUUGAACAGAUCUUGAACAAGCCUGGGCUGAAACAUAAGCCAGUGACCAACCAGGUCGAGUGUCACCCAUACCUCACACAGGAGAAACUGAUCCAGUACUGCCACUCCAAGGGCAUCUCUGUCACGGCCUACAGCCCCCUGGGCUCUCCGGAUAGACCUUGGGCCAAGCCUGAAGACCCUUCCCUGCUGGACGAUCCCAAGAUCAAGGCAAUUGCUGAGAAGCACAAAAAAACCACAGCCCAGGUCCUGAUUCGGUUCCAAGUCCAGAGAAAUGUGAUUGUGAUUCCCAAGUCUGUGACACCAGCACGUAUUAAAGAAAACUUUCAGGUCUUUGACUUUAAACUGAGCGACGAGGAGAUGGCCACCAUACUCAGCUUCAACAGAAACUGGAGGGCCUGUCAUGUGAACCAUGCAUCUCAUCUGGAGGGCUAUCCCUUCCAUGCUGAGUACUGAUGCUCAUUCACCUGAUGACAUCACCUGUUGGAUUUCCUCUUCCCUGAAGUCUAACUCUCCACCUGUGUCCCAUGCCAGCCAAUUUACCUCAGCUGCUGCGGGCCAGAACCUAAGCAAUGUUGUGUCUAGGUCAUACCUUCAACCAGGUACUAGUUGUCAUAACAAAGUAUGACUAGGAUGAGCAAAUGAUAAUUUUUUGAUCUGAUCAAAUGCUUAUUUGAUGCCAUCUUCUAAUGCUGAUUAUGUGAACAUAAGAAAAUAAACGAUCACAGUAGUCAA